AUGCUGGUUCGAUGGGUCAUACAAACAAGACAGCCUUUCACAGUAGUGGAGCAUCCGGCUUUCAGGGCACUUAUUGAAGCAACAGGGGCUACUUUGCCUAUCAAGACCGCUGAUACUCUGAGCAACCGAAUCAAGGAGGAAUUCCACUCAAGAAGAGCUUACAAGAAAGAGGAACUGGCUAGAAGCAGCCAGACACUCGCAUUAUCUCUUGACGUGUGGACGUCGGAAAAUCAGAUUGCGAUAAUGGGUAUUAUCGGUCAUUGGAUAUCCCCCGAGUUUGACAGGCGAGAAAAGCUCCUCGAAUCUACCGAAAUUUAUGGACCGCACUCUGGAGAGAAUUUAGCGGAAGUUGUGCUGAGGAUGCUCGACGAAUUAGACAUUGCGCCCAAGCUCCUGACCAUCACAGGGCAUAACGCAGCAACAACGGGACGCUCUGCGAUAGCCUACACGACCAACUCCUCAAGAGCCAAGAUUCUCAAGCCGUUCUGGGACCAUACAAACUCCGUUUCAAAGGCAUGCCCAACAAUUGUGGAAGAUCUAUCGAUUUACUGGAGCUUGGAUGAUUUGUUAAAUGACGUUCGAAAUGCGGAGGGAGAUUUUGAAGACGUGAACAUUGAAAUUCGCGAUGCGAUGGAAAGAGGCAUUCAGAAGAUGAACAAGUUCGCUAGAAUAAUGGACGACAACCUUCUGUACUAUGUGGCUCCUGUGUUGAAUCAGCGCAUCAAAUCGUCCUUGAUUGUGUCUCAGAUGAGCGAGCAAAGUUCGGGGGUUAUCGUCUCGCAAGUGCGGGAAUUUCUUAAAAAAGAUUACACUCCAGAGCCGUUUGUGUCGUGUGAAGUUGACCAUCCACGUCCAGCGGGGAUGUCGGAAACAAUGUAG